AUGUACGACAACUACCUUGCGCGUAGCGAGAGCGACCGGAAUCUUCGCGAACAGCUAGCCAGACACGUAUCACGUGACGAAGUGGAAAUCAUCAUCAGGGAUUUCCACGAAGAGAAAUGGAGAUAUUGUCCUUUGACCUUGACUUUGGACAUGGAUGAGAACUUACAUGGGACAAAAGUGAUUCCUCCGUUCUGUUUGAAGACCAAGCUCCCCGAUAAGGGAGGCACUGCAUCGAUAUACUGGGUAGCUGUGCAGAAGGACCUCAUUUCGGAUAUCGCUCUUGCACGUGCCUUGCAAGACUCGAUCUAUAUGGACGAAGACUUUGGAGAGUGUUACCAAAUGGUGCUCAAAUCUUACUGCGGCGACAGGAAGCGAGAUUUCGAAAUGGAAAAAGAGGCAUUUUCCGGCUUGCAGUCGAGUGACCAAGUUCCGAUACUGCAAUACUUAGGUUCCUAUACCCAUGAUUAUGGCGAGGGCAAGGAACUGGGUAAGACAUAUAAUAUGCUGCUGGAAUAUGGUGAAAACGACUUGUACCAAGCUUGGGCGGAUGAGACCAACGUUCCCCCCGUUCAGGCCCAGGAGAUUCUCCAGAACUGGAAAUCGCUAUUCGAAGUCGCCAAAGCCAUAGGUCACGUUCAUGAUCUCGAGAUUAAGCGAGGCAUGAGUGAACCCUGGAGGUUUCACGGUUGGCAUGCAGACAUCAAACCAGACAACAUCCUUAGCGUUCGUGGACGCCUAAAGCUGGCUGACUUCGGCUUCUCGAGCUUUGCGCCUGUAAUCGAGGGCCACGGCGGUUCAGAACCAACAGAGUUGAUAAGGGGAUUUACCGAUACAUAUGGUGCACCCGAAGUAUCUCGCAUGAAGCAACCGGACGGCACCUUGUCCGGAGUAUCAAAGUCUAUUGACGCCUGGUCAUUUGGUUGUGUACUAUCAGUGGCUGCGACGUGGAUAGUGUUGGGAUUUCAGGGCCUCCGCCAAUACGAGCGGCUACGACAACUAUCUCCAGCAAACAAUACGAGCAGCCAUCCUUUAGAUCGGUUUCACAACGGUAUCCAGGUUCUACCUGAGGUUGGAAAGUGGCAUGACUAUCUCCGAGGACAUCUUCGUUCCUCCGAUACGACAACCGAACUGGUAUUGGAACUGGUAGAAACGAGGCUGCUACAAGCAGAUCCAGCAACGAGGUACAACAUGAAGAAACUAUGUGAGAAGCUGCAAGACUUGAGUUUUCUGGCCGAGAAGAAGAUCACGCAUCUCGAAAAGCACUCAAGAGACACGGAUCCCAUAGUCAUGAAAGCCCUUUCCAACAUAGAGGAAGAAGCUCAAAUCCAGAAAUCGUCUGAGCCCAAGCUUAACCUUUUACAACAACCUCUACUACAGGUCAACCCUCGGGAGCGAGCAUCGAUGCAAAUCAACAAGGAAGAAAUGAUCAGGAACAAGCCACUCGGUCAAACAGCGCAUCGUAAAGAAAUCUUGGAAAAAAAGCUUGAAGAUUGCCAUGUCAUGAAGAUGGUCACCGAGCCACUUGCAAAUGGUUAUGCCCACUUCGGCGCUGUUACGGAUAGUCCGACCGACUCAACGCCUCCAAGGGAACUACAAUUUGGUGGCCGCAGAGCCAAGCCCCUAAAUCCCCAGCUUCGACCACUGGAACAGGGUCAGUCACGUACAGGCUACGAUACACCAGAAGGCGUAGGUCAUCAUAUAAACUUUGUCCCUCCAGCUACACCACCAUCAUCUGAUCGCAAACACAAAUCGCCUAGCGCUAGUGCUGGGCUUUACGACGACAAUGCCAUACCACUGGCUUUCGGUCCACAUACUAGCCUCAAUCAGGAAAAGCCCAACGUCCAGAUUUCAACAGCGGAUUCGCCCUCGGAGAGGUACCCCACCGGAUUCGCACAGUCAGAUGGUGCUUCAAAGUUACAAUUUAGAUCUGGACAUAGGGAACUCGUCUUUCCGAAACUCCAACUUCCUUCAUCAAGCGUGUCUAGGCCAGAAAAGACUGUUUCUACGGCAGGAUCUCCUCCACAUACAUCCGAACAAAGCACCAGCGAAGAUGACGUCGAAGCCCAGAGCUCACCUUCACCGAGCUAUCACCCAAACCGCCAGAGUCAUGAUGGUACAGCUCCUGUGGUAUCUAAUAGAAGACCCAUGGACUCUCCAUUCGACGAGCAAGGCAUGAAUGGGCCGAUCUUUGAGGCACCCGAGACUUCCAGGCAGGUUGGAACUGUAGAGAUUUUUGGUCCCUCAAUCACAGUCUCGCAUCCUCAGGAUACUCAGUCUCCACAAGAUCGACCAAAGACACCCGAAUCGAGCGAUCAUGUUGACGAAGAGCAAGCUGUAGAGAAAGAGCUUGUUCCGAACAUCCAGGCAUCUACGAGAUCCAACGAUUCUUUGCCGCGGCCACUUCCGGAGUCUGUCUUGCUUCUACCUUACGAUAUCUGUCACAGGAGGAAGGAUCUCGACGAGCAGGUUUCAAAAGGGUUUGCGAAAGGGCUUGAGAAAGUGAAGGGUAGUUUUGGCAUCGAAACCAAAGCGCGAGAUGCUAGCCUUGCAGAGACUUUCAGUGACCCACGCGAACUUAUCUUUGUUGUCGAUAACGGGUGGACAAUGUCCAGGCACUGGCCAAUUGUCACGUUCGUUGCACAAACACUCGCCAAAAACGCCGCUGGUCUAGAUAAGAGCGGCUUCGAUCUCAAAUUUACGGUCGAUGGGCUUAGGCAUAACCAACAGCGCUUAAAGGGUGAUUCAGGUCGAAAAAAGCUGAAAAAAGCGUUGAAGGCAGCAUGGCCAGAAUAUAAGGAGAAUGCCCACGUCACCACGGAUAUGGCCCGAGUUUUUGAAAACAUCUUCGAGGAGUGGAACGGUAGUAGCCAACCGGCUACGACACUACUCGUUCUUACUGACGGCGUUUGGUCUAACAAAAGCCACAGUGUAUUAAACAAGACCAUCCUCAAUAUCGCCGAACGAGACCGACUGCAGACGGGUAACCGGCAUUUCAGCAUUCAAUUCAUUCGAUUUGGCGAUGGGAAGGAUGAAAUAACUCGAUUGCAAUGGCUGGACGACAGCCUAUGCGUUGAAAACAAUUUCAGAGACAUCAUUGACCACUGCUCAUGGCGCGCCAAAGUCGACAAGAUGUUCAGAGGGAGCAUCGAAGGCUUCGCCGACGAGCAGGAUUCCGAUGAAGAACCACCCCCUUACGACUACAAGGAGCUCGUCAAUCUCUUUAAUACUUUCAAUACCGGCGAAGAUGCUACGCUAUCUCCGACCGGUACCCUAUCCCGAACGCCGUCGAGAGUAUCGCGUCGCUCUUCUGCCUCCCUAUCGCAUUCGGGGGACUGGACAUGGCGACGUUAA